GCGAGGUGCUACGCCACUGGCCGGCUCUGUUCGUUAGGGGGCGCCACCAGUGCAUCAGUCGAAAUCUAUCCAAGUGCACUGGGCGUGUUUUGCAAAACGUUCUAAAUUAAUGUGUUUUUUACCGAAAUGAAGUAACUGAAUUUUUUGCACAAGGAGAACCGGAACCGUGAAAACCCGCUAAAAGCCGCGAAUGUCGGGCCGUUCGGUUUGCCCCAAAAGGGCCAAAGGGGUUGAUAACGACCGGUUUUUUGGCCAAGUGGCGUCCCUUAAACGCGCACCCAAAAUGGGCUUUUCGAGUACAGAAUGUCUCUGUCGCUUAAAAUACACAUUGUUGAUACAAAUGUUACCAAAACCAUCGUCUUUGAUCCUUCGACCACGGUCUACGAUGCGUGCAAAAUCAUCAGGGAGAAGUGCACGGAAGAAAACUUGGGAAAUCCCAGAGACUACGGUCUCUUCCUCACCGAUGAGGACAGCAGGACUGGCGUCUGGCUGGAACCGAACAGGCACUUGGAAUAUUACAUCCUGCGAAACGGCGAUACUGUCGAGUAUCGAAAGAAAUUGAGAACUUUGAGAGUUAAGAUGCUUGACGGUUCGGUGAAGACGAUGCUGGUGGACGAUUCCCAGAUUGUUGCUAAUCUGAUGGUUGUAAUUUGUACGAAGCUCGGCAUAACAAAUCACGACGAAUACUCCCUAGUCCUUGAGGACUUGGAGAACCAGGAGAACAUCGAGAAUCGAAAUUACGGCACUCUGACUUUGAAACGUAAACGCGAAGAGAAGGAAAGAGACGCAAAGAUGGAUCAGCUGAGGAAAAAAUUGCAUACUGAUGACGACGUCAACUGGCUCGAUCCCUCCAAAACACUGAGAGAGCAAGGCAUAGACGAGAACGAAACAGUCCUCUUAAGGAGGAAGUUUUUCUUCUCCGACCAAAACAUCGAUUCGCACGAUCCUGUUCAACUCAAUCUGCUCUACGUCCAAGCGCGCGACGCCAUCAUUAACGGCACUCAUCCAAUUACGCAAGACAAGGCUUGCGAAUUCGCAGGAAUACAGUGUCAAAUACAAUUUGGGGAUCACGUGGAGAGCAAACACAAACCCGGAUUUUUGGAUUUGAAAGAAUUCUUGCCGCAAUCGUACAUCAAAGUCAAGGGAAUCGAGAAAAAAAUUUUCGCCGAGCAUAAAAAACACUUGGGGAAAAACGAACUUGAAGCGAAGGUCACGUACACGAAGAAUGCGCGAGCUUUGAAAACCUACGGUGUCACCUUUUUCUUGGUUAAGGAAAAAAUGAAGGGGAAAAAUAAACUAGUGCCCAGAUUAUUGGGUGUGACUAAAGACUCGGUCCUUCGUUUGGACGAAAAAACUAAAGAGAUAUUGCAAACCUGGCCUUUGACAACCGUUAGGCGAUGGGGCGCAAGCCCCAAUACGUUCACUCUUGAUUUCGGGGAUUACUCCGAUCAGUACUAUUCAGUACAGACAACUGAGGCGGAACAAAUCCAGCAAAUCAUAGCCGGAUACAUUGACAUCAUCUUAAAGAAGAAACAAGCGAAAGAUCAUUACGGAAUUGAAGGUGACGAAGGUUCGACAAUGUUUGAGGAAAGCGUCGCUCCGCACAAGGCGACUAUUUUGCAACACGAGUUGAGCAAAGUCGGUAAAUUGAACACCGAGUCUUUGGCCAAACCAGCCGUCAUGCGGGCCGGAACUGACGGUGAGAAAACAUUUAGUACAGGCAUGAUGGGUAGUGCACAACACACUAUCGUAAGUGGACAAGUGAACGUAGGUCAUGCACCUCCAACGGUGCAACAAACCAAAGUGACAUCGGUCCUAACCGAACCUCAACGGGCCUUAUUAUCGACAAUUACGGCCACCCAAAGCAAGAUAAAAGAAUCCGAGAUCGAGCUUGAAGGCCGCGCUCACAUCCCCGAACUGGGAAGCGACCCAGCUGCCAAAAAAUGGAAACAAGUCACUUUAGACACCCGCAAGCAAAACGUCGGCUCCCAAAUCGCUGCUAUGAACGCCGCCACUGCCCAAGUGGUCACCCUAACAUCAGGACCCCAGGACGAAGUCGAUCACAAUGCAGUCGGUGCUGCCAUCACCACAAUUGGGAGCAACUUACCUGAAAUGACUAAAGAUGUGAAAAUGAUCGCCGCAUUGAUGGACGACACAAACAUGGGCGAAAAAUUACUGGACGCUACUAGAAAAUUGUGUAGCGCUUUCAGCGAUUUAUUGAAAGCUGCGGAACCCGAGUCGAAAGAACCACGUCAAAGUUUACUGAAUGCGGCUUCACGAGUUGGCGAAGCUAGCACAAGUGUUUUGGCCACAAUUGGUGAAGACACCAUUGAGAAUAAACAACUACAAGACAUGUUGUUGUCUUUGGCCAAAGCUGUGGCUAACACCACAGCUGCGUUAGUCCUCCGUGCGAAAAACAUCGCUUCAACUUGUGAGGACCAACAGACACAGAAUAGAGUAAUCGGAGCUGCAACCCAGUGUGCUUUAGCCACGUCCCAAUUAGUGGCAUGCGCCAAAGUAAUCGCCCCAACUCUGCAAUCACCCGCCUGCCAGGAACAAUUAACUGCAGCGGUCCGAGAAGUCGCAAAAGCGGUGGAAAACCUCGUUUCCGUCUGUAAUGAGGCUUCCGGUAAUGAGGAACUGAUGAAUCAAUUAAAACAAGCCGCCAGUGAAGUCACCCGAACCCUCAACGACCUCCUCAACCACAUUAAACUCGCGUCGCGAGAACGCGCCCAAGAAACCAUCCAAGAACACAGUGUUGAGGAGAUUUACACCGCCACUGACCGCCUGUCCGCUGCCUCAGGCGACCCCAACGAAAUGGUCAAACAGGCGAGGCUUCUAGGCCAAGCCACCGCACAAUUGAUACAAAGCAUCAAAGGCGAGGCUGAAAAAAGCCCAGAUUCGGACAUACAACGGAGAUUACUGGCCGCGGCGAAGACUUUGGCCGAUGCCACUGCCAGGAUGGUCGAAGCUGCAAGACAGUGUGCCUCACACCCGCAUGAUAUCCACUACCAGAGCGUUUUGAGGAAAACGGCCGAGGAAUUGAGGGAUGUCACCACAGUGGCGGCGACUACGCCAGCUUUGAGGGCCAAGUUGGUUGACAGGGUUAAGGUGUGUGCGAGGAAAGCGGUGUCUUCGGCUACGCAGUGUAUCACAGCAGCACAGGCAAGUCAUCCCUAUAACUCCAAUCAAACCACAAGGGAAGCGCUGAUGACGGAGACGCAAGAGCUGGUCAAGCAGAUUCCGCCCUUGGUGGGGUCGAUCAAAGCCAGUACUGCCAACCCGGAGGAUACGACAAGUCAGGUUGAUUUGAUCUACGUCGCUGAUGUUUUUCUCCAUCCCGCUACUCACUUUGUCCAAACCUCCCAAUCAGUCUUACCAACAAUCCACGAACAAGCCAUCACGGAACAACUCUCCGUCACUAGCCAGAAACUCAACACCGACUUGAGCGACCUCCGUGGUGCCCUAAGUCGCGCUAAACCCGUCUGUCAAGGCCUUGGUCUAGGAGCAGCAGCUCAACUUAUCGCCGACCUCCAAGACGAACUAAACGAAUUUGAACGUGCCGUCAAGACACACAAUUUGCGUCCCCUUCCGGGAGACACACCCGAAUACGGAGCCGAAGAACUCACCUCCAGCAGCAAAGCGAUCAACCAAAGUGUCGCCCAACUGUUGAGUGCCGCAGCUCAAGGAAACGAAAUUUACACAGACAAGGCCGCUCGAGACACCGCACAAAGCCUCAAGAAUUUGACCAGUGCGGUGAGGGCCGUGGCUGCCACUUCUGGGGACCAGGACGUGCAACUAAAGGUGAUUGGGUCAGGCCAGGAGGUCCUGAUGCACUCUGCCAGGUUGGUUGAGGAGGCUCAGAAAACCUUGCAUUCGGUUGAAGUCACUCCUGGCUUACAACACGCAGCUAAGAGCAUUGCCUCUGCUUUGAACCAAGCGGUUGGGUGCCUCCCAGGCCAGAGAGAUGUCGAUUCAGCAAUCACAAACAUCAUCGAAUGGACGGCUGGUAUCGACUCUGGCCGUUUCCCUCACACUAAUAAAAGCUACGGAGAGUUGCAACAAGAAUUAAACACUGCGGCAGCCAACCUAAACGAGGCUAGUUCAGUUGUUGUAAGCUCGGUCAAAAGUCCAAUCCAGUUGUCUUCCUCGUCUAAAGAUUUCUCGGCCGCUUUUCACGACUUGCUCGAAGUCUCAAUGGAAAUGGCCGGACAAACACAGGACACAGAUAUCCGAGGCCAAAUGGUUCACUCACUUAAAAACGUCUCGACAACUUCGAGCACUCUCCUAACGACAGCUAAGUCACUAUCAGCUGACCCGUAUUUACCAAACGGUAAAAACCAACUCGCUGCAGCCGCCAGAGCGGUGACCGACAGCAUCAACCACUUGGUCAACGUCUGCACUUCGGCAGCUCCAGGCCAGAACGAAUGCGACAACGCAAUUCGCAAAAUCCAAGCCAUGAAACACCUGCUCGAAAGCCCCACUGAACCAAUCAACGAUUGCACCUAUUACGAGGCUUUGGACUCGGUCAUCGACAAAAGCAAAGUUCUGGGUGAAUGCAUGACCGGCAUUACCAACAGUGCCAAGCAAUCGCAACACGAGAAAUUCGCCGAAAAUGUUAAAACUUUCAGUACUUCUAUUUGCCACUUUAUCGAAGCUUCGGCCCAAGCUGCUUACUUAGUCGGAGUCUCCGACCCUUCGAGCAUUGCCGGGCGGCCGGGUUUGGUCGACCAGGCCCAAUUCGCCCGAGCUUCGCAAGCCAUCUACCAAGGCUGUACGGCGUUAGCUUCACCUUCAAGCCCCCAAAAACAAGUCCUUGAAGCUGCAACUUUGAUAGCGAAGCACACGAGUGCGCUGUGUAAUUCAUGCCGAGUGGCAAGUUCCAAAACUACGAAUCCUGUGGCGAAGAAACAGUUCGUGCAAAGUGCCAAAGCUGUGGCUAAUUCGACCGCAGCUUUGGUCAAAGAGAUUAAAACGCUUGAUUUGGAUUAUUCGGAUGUGAAUAGGCACAGGUGUGCGGAAGCGACACGGCCACUGUUGGAGGCUGUGGAGAAUCUUUGCAUUUAUGCAAACUCGAGUGAGUUUGUCUCGAUUCCGGCGAAGAUCUCGCCACAAGCUAGACGCGCCCAAAUGCCGAUUAUUGAGGCUGGGAAUCGAUUGAUUGAGACGUCUUGUACUGUUGUUCGAGUGGCUAAAAGUCUGGUGGUGAUGAAUAAGGAUCCUUCGACGUGGCAACAUUUUGCCAGUUCGUCUAAGGAUGUUUCUGAGGCGAUUAAACAGCUGGUUGUCACUAUACGUAAUGGUGCUCCUGGCAAAACCGAAUGCGAAAGCGCGUCGUCCGUUCUCACCAACCAUCUCCGAACCCUCGAUUCCGCCUCCAUGGACGCCGUCUCCCAGUCAUUGGUCCCUCGCAAGGGUUCCACUUUACCCGUGUACAGCCAACAAGUUGAACGCGCAGCUGCUGGCCUUUUAGACACGAUUGAACCUUUAAGACAUGCUGCCAAAUACGAAGCUGAGAACAUUGGACAUGCGGUCAAUCAAAUGAUACAAUACUUCGAGCCUUUGGUGCAAAACACUAUUGGGGCCGCUUCCAACAUGAAAAAUUCGAAGCAACAGGAACAACUCCUGGAUCAGGCUAAAUCGGUGACCGAAUCGGCCCUACAGUUGGUUUAUUCGGCCAAGGAUUGUGGCGGCAAUCCUAAGGCUGUCAACAUUCAUCCAGACAUUGACGAGUUCGCAAAUUCGACUCGUGACACGUUACAGGACUUAGUCACAAGCUUAGAAACCAUAUCCACACAGAGCGGGAUUGUGUCGGGAGUUGUGGACAAUCUGACAAGAGCCAUGACUCGCUUGUCUGAUCAUAGAGCUUCCCUUAUUAUUUCAGACAGUGAUAGUUACGUCGAUUACCAGACUAGAAUGGUCGAAUGUGCCAAAGACAUCGCCAAACUCGCCGGCGAAAUGGCAUCGAAAGCACCCAACGAUACGCAAAAACUCGCCCCACUGUCUGCCGAUUUGUCCCACAAAUACACCCAACUGGCCAACGACAGCAUCGGCGCUGCGGCAGCCGCCACCAACGGGGAAGUGGCCAUGCGGCUCAAGGAAGUCGUCCAACAACUAGGAGGCGCCUGCGUUGAGCUGGUCCAAGCCGGUGGUCAAUGUCUCAUCAGAAAAGACGACAUCAUUUUACGCGAAAUUGGAGAUUGUUCACGGAACGUUACGGAGAAGGUGUCACGUGUUUUGGCCACUCUGCAGUCAGGCUCCAGGGGAACUCAGGCUUGUAUCAAUGCCGCUUCGACAGUUUCCGGCAUUAUCGGCGAUUUGGAGACCACGAUUAUGUUCGCAACCGCCGGGAAUUUGAAUCCGGAGAAUGAACACGAGUCGUUUGCCGAUCAUAGGGAGAAUAUUUUGAAAACGGCCAAAGCUUUGGUUGAAGAUACUAAAACGUUGGUGGCGGGGGCGGCGUCCUCGCAGGAACAGCUGGCGGUGGCGGCGCAGAAUUCCGUCUCCACCAUCGUACAAUUGGCCGAAGUGGUUAAAUUUGGAGCGGCCAGUUUGGGCUCCGACAACCCGGACUCUCAAGUAAUGCUUAUCAACGCUGUUAAGGACGUUGCAAGUGCUCUCGGCGACUUAAUCCACGCCACAAAAGCCGCCAGUGGUAAACCCAUCAACGACCCAGCAAUGGCCCACUUGAAGGAAAGUGCAAAGGUGAUGGUGACCAACGUGACUUCGCUCCUUAAAACCGUCAAAGCAGUCGAAGACGAGCACACUCGCGGCACUCGCGCCCUAGAGUCCACAAUUGAAGCAAUCGGCCAGGAAAUGCGAGCGCUGCGCUCCAGCGAGGCCUGCAAGCCGGGCGUGACCGCCGAAGACCUCAUCAAGUGCACCAAAGCCAUCACCAAAGCCACGGCGAAAUCGGUCUCAGCCGGAAUCAGCAACAAGCAAGACGACAUCAUCGCGGCUGCAAACCUGGCCAGGAAAUCAAUCUCCGACAUGCUAAUCAUUUGCAAAAGCGCGGCCUAUAAUUUAGCCGAAACGGCCGAGCUGAGAGAGCGCACGCUGAACGGCGGCCACGACUGUGCCCAGCAAUUCAGGGAGUUGUUGCUCGCGAUUUUGCAGCAAGCGAGUCCUGCUGAUGCCAAGCACACGCUUCCGAUGAUUUCGCGCAAAAUUGCACAGUCGGCGACCGAGUUGGUUAGCAUUGCUGAGCUGCUGAAGGGCUCGGAUUGGGUCGAUCCGGACGAUCCGACUGUUAUUGCAGAGAACGAGCUUCUGGGGGCUGCGGCUUCCAUUGAUGCGGCUGCCAAGAAGUUGGCCAGUUUGAGACCGAGGAAGUCGAUUAAGACCCAAGACUUGGACGAAUCGCUCAACUUCGACGAAAUGAUCCUCGAAGCGGCCAAAUCCAUAACAUCGGCCACUUCAGCGCUCGUGAAAGCCGCCAGUGCCGCUCAACGCGAACUCAUCGACAGCGGAAAAGUCUCCCGCACCCCCACAUCAUCCUCAGACGACGGCCAAUGGUCGGAAGGUCUAAUCUCAGCCGCGAGACUCGUAGCUGCUGCCACACACAGUCUUGUCGAAAGCGCCAAUGCCCUAGUCCAAGGCCUCGGCAGUGAAGACAAACUAAUCUCAGCCGCGAAACAAGUUGCAAGUUCCACAGCACAGUUACUUGUGGCUUGCAAAGUAAAAGCCGAGGGCGACACCACAGCCACUCGAAGGUUGCACCAAGCGGGAACCGCUGUCAUUCGCUCGACGGAUAAUCUGGUACGAGCUGCCCAGCAGGCGAAGAGUGUGGAGGAGGAGAGGUGUUUGGUGUUGAACAAGCGGAUGGUUGGAGGCAUUGCCCAGGAGAUUGACGCCAGGUCGGAGGUGUUCCGGAUAGAGCGGGAGCUGGAGGAGGCCAGGAGUCGCUUGACUGCCAUCAGACAAGCCAAGUACAAACUGAGAGGGUACGACACUUCAGGGGAUGACACUGAUGGUUACAUCAGUUCGGCGCAAGAUGGAGAGACGUCGCGUUUCAGAAAAACUCCGCGGAUUAAAGUGAUUGUUGACAAUGUUGACCCUCCUUUCAGGAAAGGAUAUUCGAGAUACGGCCAAUACCAAUACGACAGUUCACACUCAAACUACUCACCCACCGUACAAAACACCCUUUACAACGACACAUACAGCCACUUAGAGAGUCCCGAAAAAGUCAGCUCGUUAGAACGCAACAAGAAAAAUCUCCUCCAAUCACAAAUCCACUCUUUGGACAACGCUGUCUAUGGAGGCACCAACAGUUACAACCAAGACCAUUACAAUUCCUUCAGCAAAAACGCACCUAAAUUCACUCCCACAUACACCCCUGAGAGCAAAACUUACACUCCGACAACCUCAACCCCGUUUCAAAGUCCGUACAAACAACUCCCAACCUCUCCAACUAAACCAACGUUCGACUACGCCCCCAAACCCAGUAAUUUGACAACAUUCGGUGGUGGUGACGGUUUUUCAACUUCCGAGUACCGAACCAGCACUCAGAAAAUACCAGGAGGCUACAAAACGGAUUCGUUCAAAUAUGAAGCUUACAAAUCGUCGUCACAGCCGUCCUAUUCAGCCGGUUCUGAGACGUACUACACCACCGCGCCCAACUUGAAGGUGCAGUUGAGUCCGUUCGAUAAAAAAACGUUUGAGUCGUUUAGUAACGGAGGAGACAACCAAUACCAAUCGUCUUACUCGUCGAACGUUGAAUAUAUCAAUGAGCCGCCGGUUCUCAAGGACUCCGACACGUUGGAGCAGAAGAUGUUGAAAAAGUCAGUCACGCAGCAAAUCAUCGAGAAGAAAACGGUACAAAUGUCCAAGUCCAGCAAACAGGAGUCUUCGACGAAGAGUUUUAGGUUCGAGUAGUCAGGGGUUACUAAUUAGUGAUUCUAAGUGUCUUUAUUUAUUGAUGGUGCUAAUAUUUAUGCUUCUUUAUUAACCAAAUAUUUAGUGUCUUAAUCGUGCCAAUUAAUUUUAAGCUUGUGUAGUCGUUAAGUCGGUUUUGUUUCGGUGCCAAAUUUGCGUUCCGGUUACUUAAGUGCCUUCCAAGCAUUUGGAAAAGUGUUACUUAUUUCGUAGCGAGUGCUAAACACAGUGCCUAUGUAAUUAACUUCGCUUUUUAAUGUACUUUACUGUAACAAUCCAUCCAGAUGGAGUGUUUACUACCUUAUACUUUACAAAUUUUUAAUUAUUAUUAAUUAACUAUUUUGGAACUUUUGACGGACGCUCGUUCAUCAUCUUGUCACGAGUUUCACGAUGGAAGAAACACAUUGUAUAAAUAAACUAAUUGAAAAGUU